CGGCUCGCCGUGGCAUCAGGAGAACGGGGAUCGGGGGCGGCCGGCCUCCGUGGCUCCCGCCCCGCCGGCCGUCAAAGUCUUCGGGUCCACGGCGACCCCGACCCGGCUUCCGCCUAGCUAGAACUAGCUCCCCUAUCACGUACGCAUCCGGCGUGGGCGUGUGCCGCGGGGCUCUCCUGCUUCCUCCCGGCAAAAGUCCGGCCCUCGUGCGCACCGCUGGCGCUGCCGCUUGACUUUGACUUGAGCGCCAGCCGCCCGAGAUGGAGGAGGCAGGACCCGAUCGAUAAGAGCCGCCCGCACAGCGCUCGCUUCGCUGUGUGAUCGAUCGCUUUGCGUGGCGCGCCAUGUCCUCCUCGUACCAGGCUCUGCUCUCGCUGAGCCCCGCGGACUGGAUCGGCGGCAGCGAGUACGCCGGCGACGGCGAUGACGCUGCAUCCGCCGUGGUGUCCGGCUACCUCUCCUUCGACAUCGGCGUUGAUGAUGUCGGCGAGGAGGAGUACUACCACCACCACCCGCCGGAGCCGGCGGCGUUCCAUGCGGAGCCGCAGCAGGCGCCGGAGACGCUGCUCCUCGACACGCUCCAAGCCCAAGCCGACUACUGCGCCAGUGGCGUAGCCGGAAGUAGCAGCGAAGGUGAGCUCGGCAAGCAGAGCCACACGGACGCGUCGGCGCUCACCUCAGAGCAGCGCGACAAUGGCUUCACUGCUAGCACCGGCGGCGGCGCGAGGGGCCUCCGCCGCCCCCUCCCGGCGGCGGCGGCGCGGAAGAGGGACGGCGGCGGGAGGAUCGCGUUCAAGACGCGGUCGGAGGUGGACGUGCUGGACGACGGCUACCGGUGGCGCAAGUACGGCAAGAAGCUGGUGAAGAACAGCCCCAACCCGAGGAACUACUACCGGUGCUCCAGCGCGGGGUGCGGGGUGAAGAAGCGAGUGGAGCGGGCGAGGGACGACGAGAGCUUCGUCAUCACCACCUACGACGGCGUCCACAACCACCCCUCCUAAACUAUGUCAUUUCUUCAAUUUACCUCUUAAUACAAUUUAUUCUUUUUAUUUCUUCAUACACAA